AAACUCGCUAAAUUUGUGGAAUUUUACAAUAUAAUAAUAAUAACUUAUUAGUGUGAAAAAUAACUAUAAAGUUAAGCAAUAUUUUGGAUAUAAUUAUUUAAAAUGAUUCGUAUUAUAAGAAAUAUGGAUAUCAUCGGCAAACUUUCAGAUGAUAGAUUUUUCAAAACUCAGUAUGUUGGUUUAAAGCAUUUUGCUGCGCCUGUAAAAUACAAUGAGUUUGAACAGGUUGAAAGGCCAAAACUAAAAGUAUUGGAUAGAAGUCCUCAGUAUCCUCCAAAUCUUCGUCCUCCGAAAAUGCAAAAAAAAUUAAAGUUGAUGCGUGGUCCAGAGUUAGUUCACAAUACGCUAUUGCACAAACAGUAUGGUAUAAUAGCAACCGGUGGCGGUCGCCUUCGUUGGGGACAUUUGGAAAUGAUUCGUCUUACAAUUGGUCGCAAAAUGGAUAUCAGUAGAAUGUUUGCAAUUUGGAGAAUACCAGCCCCUUGGCAACCUAUAACUAAAAAAGGUCAAGGCCAAAGAAUGGGUGGUGGAAAGGGUGCUAUUGAUCAUUACGUCACACCUAUUAAAGCAGGAAGAAUAAUAUUGGAAAUAUCUGGAAAAUGUGAAUUUGCCGAAGUUAAGCCAUUUUUACAACAAGUUUGUAAUAUUUUACCUCUUAAGGCUGAAGUAGUUUCUCAACAAAUUUUAGAUGAAAGAGUUGCAGAGGAAAAUAAAUUGAAUGAAGAAAACCAAAACAAUUUUACAAUGAAAUAUGUUAUACAGAAUAACUUAAAUGGAUGUCACAGAUGGCUUUCACCAGUAGAUCACAAAUGGUUUGGAAAACAUUUAUAGGCUUACAAAAUAGAUUGUUAAAUUAUUAAUUGGUUAACUGUUGCAAUAUACAUAAUUUUUAUAACCAAUCAAA